UCUUCUCUCUCGAACCCAAAGUUAAAAGUACCAAACCCCUAAUCAACAAACAUGUUGCGUUUAGUCAUACUCUCUUUAACUCUCAUUGUUCUCAUCAACUCAUCAAACAUCCCGGGAACAACAGCAACCCCACCAGCCAAAUACCAAAACUACAAAACAUACGUAAAAACAGCAUGCAACUCAGCAACAUACCCUACAAUGUGCUACAACUCAUUGUCCUCCUACUCAUCAACCAUCAAAUCCGACCCAAUCAAACUCUGCAUAACAUCUCUCAACAUCAACCUUAAAUCCGCCAAAAAAGCCUCGUCCGUCGUCUCUAGCCUUCUCAAAAAGGCCAAAGCAGCCUCCAGCCCUGAGGUUCCGAUCCUCAAGGACUGCCUUGAGGAGAUGAAGGAUACUGUCGACGAGCUCAAGCAAGCGACAGCCGAGAUGAAGAAUCUAAACGGCGGAGGAAUCUCAAAGGAGGAGCAUCUAAGGAACGUGAAAACGUGGGUGAGCUCGGCGUUGACAGACGAGAGCACGUGUACAGACGAGUUAGAGGAAGGAGAAGUGAAUGCGGACACGAAGAAGAAGGUAAAGAAAGCUGUUUCUGAGCUUUCAUGGACUACAAGCAAUACUUUGGCCCUGAUGACUAAUUACCUAGGUUACUGAAAUUAACCAUUGUAUUCACGUCUUAUCUUUGCA